AUGAAGCACAAGGCCAUUACCCAUAUCAGCUCUUUUAUAUGUGUCACGGUGACGAAUUAUGACUGGUUCAUUUCGGUUUUCUACGAGGAAUUGAGCAAGGGUCUUUUCAGUACGAAUGGAAAAAGGUUUGAGACACCUUUCUCAUAUCCUGCUUCCAUAACGAGCAGCUUAUCAGCGAGGUUUCUCAAUUACGACAGUAUCGUGAUAAUUUCUCUCUUAAGUGCAAAAGGUAAACCUUCACUAACAAUUGUUAUUGAUGUGACUCAAGCACUUCCAUGCACAUUUACCGCACCUAAGAUGUGGAAACACUGGUUCAGAUGCAUUGGAGUGGUUGUUAGAAGUCUUUCAUGGUCCCUGUGA